GAUGCUAUGCGCCGUUACCUUUUACAUAACAUCACUGUCUAAAGCAGGAUGCGCCUCCCUUAACUUGCUUUUUGCCGGUGGACGUACAGCUUGGUGUUGCCGCGGGCUGCCGACUCGCAGCGAAACGUCGCUAAAUGACAACAGGGGCGGCGGUUUUGUUGAUCGUUUGAAGAUUAAGCCGGAGCCGGAGCAGGCUGACGAGCUAGGAGCUAGCGCCUCCUCGCUCCGCCUUUCCGCCCGUCGGGUUUCUCGUGUCCCCUGCUUUAGAGAUGUUCUCCAAAAAGCCCCAUGGCGACGUCAAAAAAUCUACACAGAAAGUGUUGGACCCCAAAAAGGAUGUGUUGACGAGGCUCAAGCAUCUGAGAAUAGUCCUAGAAAAUGCAGAGUCAUCUGAACUGAAGCAGUUCUUCGAUCAGAACUACUCCCACAUUUACUAUGUCUUCUUCGAGAACUUUGUUACCAUCGAGGUCAGCCUCAAACAAAAAGGCCAUAAGUCACAGAGGGAGGAGCUGGACUCAAUCCUCUUCAUCUUCGAGAAAAUCCUCCAGCUCCUACCAGAGAGAAUCCAGAGCAGAUGGCAGUUCCACAGCAUUGGGUUGAUCUUGAAGAAGCUGCUGCACACUGGGAACUCUCUGAAGAUCCGUCGGGAGGGCGUGCGGUUUUUCCUGCUGUGGAUGCAGGCACUGCAGAGCAAUGCGGAACGGGAGCAGCUCUGCAUGUUCGCCUGUUUGAUCCCCGGGUUCCCAGCACCCAUGUGCCACGGCAUGCCACGCACCCUGGACACCCUCAUCAACCCUCCACUGAGUCUGACAGAGACCCAGGUGACCCCAGAAGAAAUCACUCCAUUGGUCCCUCCCCAGUCAGGUGACAAGAACCAGGAGGACCUCACCGCCUAUUUCCUGGAAGCACUGCUCAAAUACAUGGUAAACCAGGCCAAGUCUCUGGAGUGGCGUUGUAAAGAGAACCACGAGCGCGGCUUCAACUUCCUCUUCGGUCAUUUCAGGAAGUUCUACCUGCCCUACAUCUUUCCCAACUUCGCCAUGGAAACCAGCCUCUACCAGCCCAUACUGGAUGUUCCUCCACUGCGUCCCAAGCCGUACUACAGUGUUGUCCGUAGGGAGCCCGACACCAACGAGGCAGUGUACUGCACCAAAGAGAGCUUCCUCCAGGCCAGAGUCAUCUUCAUCCGCUGGCUGGUCUCUUUCUGGCUGGAGCCACGACCCACCACACAUGCACACAUCCCUGGAACAGAGGGCGAGAACGUACCUAAGAACAUACAGCGGGCAGCAGCCGGUCUGGCAGCGCGCUCAGCGGGCAGCUCGGAUGAUAGUGGCGGUGGCAGUGGAGGGGGUAUCAAGUCAGACAGCCACCUUGACGUGGGUGCGGGCAUGUCGGGGCCCGGUGGGAGCGUCCCAGGGGGCCCGGGUGGGGCGUGCGAAGGUGAGCAGAGCCACUCUAACACCUCCACCCUGACUGAGAGGGAGCCCAGUUCCUCCUCACUGUGCUCCAUGGAUGAGGAGCAGCUAACAGACAUGGAGGUGGUGAGAAGAGUGCUGACUAGCACCAGGACUAACGUCAACUUUAUCACCGAGAUCUUCAGACAGGCCUUUCUCCUCCCCAUGUGUGAGGCAGCAGCCAUGCGUAAAGUGGUCCGAGUUUACCAGGAGUGGAUCUCUAUGGAGGACAAGCCCGUGCAUAUGAAGGAGCCAGAGGAGGGGCCAUACCCAAUCACAGCAGCCAACAGUAUGGACACAGGAUCACAGCACGGGGACGAGGAGGAGGGGAUGGACAAGGUGAUUGACAGCGAGUUGCUGGAGUAUAGUGUUGCUGCUGGAGUACAAACCACACUACAGGUGUUUAUCACCCACUCCUCCAAUGUGUUCCUGUUGGAGCCGGCGAACGAUGUCAAGAUCCUCCUGGAGGAGCACGUCGACAUGUGCAAGCGAGUCCUCAACAUCUACCGCAGUCUAGUCAUGCAUGAGACCAUGGACCAGAAAACAUGGGAGCAGAUUUUGCUGGUGCUGCUGAGGGUGACUGAGUCGGUGAUGAAGAGACCACCCUCCAUCAUGCCCCAGGGCAAGAAGAGUAACACGCUGUCUGGCAGACUGGCAGGAGCUAUUUUUCAGACACUGAUAGUAGCCUGGAUCAAGGGGAAUCUGAAUGUCUACAUCAGCAGGGAGCUAUGGGAUGACCUCCUCUCCGUCCUCUCCUAUCUCACCUGCUGGGAGGAGCUGGUCACCGAGUGGUCCCUGACCAUGGAAACGCUCACCAAGGUGCUGGCCAGGAAUCUGUACAGCGUCGAUCUGAAUGAGCUCCCUCUGGACAAACUCAGUGAACAGAAGCAGAAGAAACACAAAGGAAAAGGUAUAGGUUCGGAGGGCCAGCGUCAGUGUGUGGACCAUUCUUUCUCUCGAGGUUGGAGCAGGGACCAGCCCGGCCAGGCGGCGGCCAUGAGACAACGCAGUGCCACCACGGCAGGUUCCCCUGGCAUCGAGAAGGCCAGGAGCAUAGUGCGCCAAAAGACUGUCGACCUUGAAGACCCGCCAAUCACCCUGACACCCCGCCCCUCCCGUAUGCGUCAUUCCUCUCAGAGCGAGGAGGCCCCUCCAGCUUCCUGUUCAGAGGUUUUCCAGGGCGGAGUGUGUGACCUGGAUGCCCUGCCUACCUCUUCAAUUGCACGGAGCAGCAGUGCAUCUGACAUCAUGGAGCCUUUCAUCGCUGAGAGGGUCAAAGGUGAAGAGCCCCAAAAUGACCCCCAUUUGACCCCUGAUUCCCCCCACCACCCCGCCACUACCUUUUUGCUCACAGCCAACAUCCUCACAGCUCCACAACCCUCACAACCCCUCUCUUCCUCUGCCCCCUUCACCUCUUCCUCUAAUGGUGUUGUCUCCUCUUACUCUGAUGGGCAGGAUGAUAGUGGUGCAUACGACAAUUUCUGGCCCGGGAUUGGCUCUCAAAGCCGGGGUUCUAGUUCCGAUUGGGCGAGUGGCUCAGAUUCCGCCUUCCUCUUUUCACCAGAGAGAGAGUUGGAUGGAGAGGAGGGAGAGUUGGGGGGCGGGGUAGAGGAAGAUGAUCUGUUCUCCUCAAUUAGGGAGUACCUCAGCCAGAAAGGAGGUGAGAAGAGGGAAGAGAUGGGAGAGCAAGAUGCUCUUGGCCAGUUACCAGAAACUAGUGCUGUGCCUUCACCAGUGUCUGUGCAAACAGGGAUAGCUAGACUGCAAGAGGGGCAGACAGGACAGCUUGGAGAGGUGAGGCAGGUGGUUAGAGAGGACAGACAGGCUGGUAAAAAUGACAGACAGGUAAGUAAAACAGUGAGACACAGUAGCGUGGAUUCGACAGAGGAAAAUGAGGCAGAUCAGUGCAGCAUUUACCAGUGCCUGGAGCUGCAGUGUCAGUCUCCAAACACUAAGGGGAGCUCUAGUUUAGAGAGACAGGCUGGGGAAAAGGAAAAGCGAGUAGGAUGCGGCGGGGCAAAUACAGGAAGGUCAACAGGCUGGGGAGGAGGAAGAGAUGAGCGAUGGGACAAAAUAGGGGAGGUGAGAAAAGAGGAAUUGGGGAGGGAGGAUCAUGAAGUAAGGGCGAUAGCAGAUGAGCAGCCCCAUUUAAUCAGACAGGACACUGCUGAGUUAGAAUCUAGCACUGAGACAAGUCAACCCACCCAGGGCCUGGACUCUCCCAGGGCCAAGAUGCCCCAUAGUCGCCUGAAAAAGCGCCACAUGGGGGGGGUCCAUGUCAGCUUCCGGCCCUCCACUGAGUCUGUACAGUUCCACAACCCCCUGGAGAAUAAAGAGGCCCACUGGAGAGCCAGGCUGCGACGCCUCAGUCACUUCCACACACACAGUCACUCAGCAGGGGAGCGGGCUGGGGCGGGGGGAAAGACAGGCACAGGGGUCACAGGUAAGGUCGGGUCUGUGGCUAGUGGUAGUUUUGGAGGACUUGCUGGAGUUAGCCAUAGGAUAGGGGCACUUAAUGAGAAAGCAGACCCUGGGGACUUAACAGUGCCUGGGGUAAGCGGGGGUAAGUCAGGGGCGGGGGGCACAUCAGGUGCUGGAAGCCUGGAAAACAAGGCUGGGACUGGAGCAGGGGACAAGGAGAAAGAGCAGCCGCCCGGUGUGAGUCCCGAGGUUCAUUCUGAUGUGGGAUCAGCUGGUUCUGGCCCUUCAGGCAUUUCCUCAGCGGUGCGUGGUCGUUUGGGGCGCUCUGCCCUUCGCCACCGCACCUCACGCUCCCGUUCCCAGGAGCCGGGCAGCAGCACCUCUCGCCACCACCAGGUGGCUCUACUCGGUGGCGUCUAUAAGAGUGUGGUUCAUGCCCUCUCCUCCAAACCUCGUCCCAGAGGUCAGGGGUCAUCUCAAGGCUCGUCCCCUCAGCGGCAGGGUCGGGUUGCCAUGGGCGACGCUCCGUUAAGAGAACUCUACUCCCACGUCUUGGGCUACUUUGGACGCAAGACGACUUCGCCAGCCAACAAAGAGGAGGUGGUCCAGAAGGCGCGCCCGGUCUCCAGUGAUGUGGGGAGCACCAACCCCAACUUCUCCGACCUAAUGGAUGAAUUCAUCCAGGAGAGACUGAGAGCCAGAGGAACAGCGGGUCGUCGUGGCAGCAGCCCAGGCAGUCUGGAGGUUCCCAGGGACCUGCCGGAGCUCCUCGAGGGGGGUCAGGGCCAGGGAUCGCGACCUUCGGAUGACCUUCGGCCCAUAGAUGACCCCGGGGUGCCCUCUGAGUGGACCUCACCCGCCAGCGCCAAUGGCUCCGAUGUCAUCAGCUCAGACAGCCAAUCGGACUCCUUCAAUGCAUUUCAGUACUCCAGCUGCAAGUUUGACAAUUUUACUUUCAGCACGGACGCGUGUGGAGGAGGUGUUGGAUCAGGCGGAGGUGGGUUAGGCAGCUCAUUAGACCGGGACAGCCUGGGAGGGGGCGUGGCCUGUGAGGAGCAGGAAGUAGCCAGUCUGACAACACUCCACAUCGACUCAGAGACCAGCAGCCUCAGUCACACCGUUACUAUUACUGGAUCAGAGAGUGCAUCUCCCAUGCAUUCCCUGGGGGGCUCUCGUUCCCAGACCCCCUCACCCGCCACGCUGACGGCCGAGCACACGCACUCCCACUCACACACACACCUACAGCUGGACCAGAAGCUCCAUCACUCUGUUCUGCAGACGCCUGAUGAUCUGGAAACCAGUGAAUUCCCCAGUGAAGACUGCAGUGUGAUGGCAGGGGGCUCUCUGACUGGUUGGCAUGCAGACGUCGCCACGGUGAUGUGGCGGAGGAUGCUGGGUAUCCUAGGAGACGUCAACAGCAUCAAAGAUCCGGAAAUCCACGCGCAGGUGUUUGACUACCUGUGUGAACUGUGGCAAAACCUGGCUAAGAUCAGGGAUAAUUUGGGUAUUUCUCUGGAUAACCAGACGUCUCCGCCGCCCCCUGUUCUGAUCCCACCACUGAGGAUUCUCACCCCUUGGCUCUUCAAGGCCACUAUGCUGACAGAGCGUUACAAGCAGGGGAAGCUCCAUGCCUACAAGCUGAUAUGUCGAAUCAUGAAGAGACGGCAAGAUGUCUCCCCCAACACGGACUUCCUCACACACUUCUACAACAUCAUGCACCAAGGACUGAUGCACCAGGAUCAGGACAUAGUGAACACCAUAAUCAAGCACUGCAGUCCCAGGUUUUUCAGUAUCGGCCUUCCUGGAGCCACCAUGCUGAUUUUGGACUUCAUCAUCGCUGCUGCUAGAGUCACAGCUUGCUCUUCACUUAAUGCUCCCAGGGUAGAGGCCCAGAUCCUGCUGGGUUCUCUGGUUUGUUUUCCGAACCUCUAUGAGGAGCUGCCGGCACUGCAUCCCACCACAGCCGACGUGGUCCUUACCAAGUUCACAGACGUCAAGGAGCACAUCAUCAAACAUAUCCUGACCUCUGCCAGAGAUGAGCCCUCCGCCCCAGCAAGGUGUGUGGCGCUGUGCAGUCUGGGUAUCUGGUUGUGUGAGGAGUUGGUCCAUGGCACCAAACACCCGCAGAUCAAAGACGCUCUCAACGUCAUCUGUGUCACACUCAAGUACCCCAAUAAGAAUGUAGCGUUGGUGGCAUCAGACAUCCUCCACCUUCUGAUCAGCUACGUGGACCAUUUGCAGAAAUUCCCGCCAGAUAUGCCAAAGAAGAUCGUAGAGAUCCUGAUUGCCACCAUAACGCACCUUCUGCCCUCUACUGAGUGUUCUCUGCACGAACUGGACAAGAGGCUGGUAGUGUCCCUCCUGUUGUGUCUAUUAGACUGGGUGAUGGCCCUACCUCCAAAGACUCUUCUUCAGCCUGUCCAAACACGCAGCCCCCCUGACAAAGAGCAGCCCACCAAGACCCUUCUCAGCUGCAUCUACAAGGUGCUCCAUGGGUGUGUGUAUGGAGCCCAGUCUUUCAACAGCCCCAAGUACUUCCCCCUUCAGCUGUCAGACCUGUUGAGUCCGGACUACGACCCCUUCCUGCCCCUGGAGAGCCUCAGAGAACCAGAACCGCUGCACAGUCCGGACUCCGAACGGUCCAGUAAACUACAGCCUGUCACUGAAGUUCGUAGUCGUAUCCAGCAGGGCCUGGUUUCCAUAGCAGCCAGGACAGUUAUCACCCACCUUGUCAACCAUCUAGGACAUUAUCCUAUGUCUGGGGGCCCUGCUACGCUAACUAGCCAGGUGUGUGAGAAUCAGGACAAUCCGUACUGUGAGAGUGCAGACUUAGGACCAGAACUUUUCCAUUCCCCAAACCUUCAGUUCCUGGUUCUAAAUGGCUCCACGUUGCUGUCAGUACUGCAGAUCCGGUCAGAGUCUGGCGUUCCGGGUGGCGGUAUGACAGCCGGGCUGUCCUCGGCUCCUGCCUGCGUCCGCGUCGUCAUCAGGGACGUGGCCGGCAAACACUCCUGGGACUCUGCCGUCCUGUACGGUCCUCCUCUGUGUCCUCCACCUAGUCCCACGCACACUCAAGGGCAGGCACACACCCACUCACCGGCACAGGGGCAUACACAAAACCUUCAACUACACACUCCUCCGGGUGAGCCACAGAGAAAGGGGGGUCAGAGGAGAGACGAGGAGGUGGAAGAGGAGAGAGGGGCGGAAGAGGGAGGAAGGCGAGCCGAGGGCGAGAGGGAGGAGGCGCAGAGAGAAACGUGGGAGGAGAGGAAGGAGCAUGAUGAGGAGCGAGGAGGAGAGAGAGCAGCCCGAGGAGAGGAAGAGGAGGAAGAGGAGAGAGUCGAGGUGGAGGAGGCUGGGCAGGAGGCGUGCUUAGAGCAGCACCUAGCGCCACCUUUGGCUAAGCGUGUGUGUCGGGAGGCGGUGCCUGCGUGGGAUUUGCUGAAGGAAGAAGAUGACGCUUUGGAUGAGAUGUUGCAAUACCUGGGAUACUCCAGUCCUGAGUGUCUACAGAGAGCAGGUAUGCCACUCAACAUCCCAGCCCCUCCCCCGGCCUGCGUGUCUGAGAAGCAGGAGAACGAUGUCAUCAACGCCAUCCUGAAGCAGAGCGCCGCAGAGCGAGAGUUUGUCCUUCACCGAGGCGAGGAGUUGAACAUGAGGGCGGCACAGCAAACCGAACCAGAGGCACAGACGCCACAGUCCGCCUUCUACUACUGCAGACUGCUGAUCAACAUUCUGGGACUCAACUCCUGGGAGAAGAGGAGUAACUUCCACCUUUUGAGGAAGAAUGAGAAGUUGCUAAGAGAGCUGAAGAACUUGGACUCAAGGCAGUGCCGUGAGACUCAUAAGAUAGCAGUGUUCUACGUGGCAGAGGGCCAGGAAGACAAACACUCAAUACUAACCAACACAGCCGGCAGCCAGGCUUAUGAGGACUUUGUCUCUGGACUGGGAUGGGAGGUGGACCUCACCAGUCACUGUGGCUUCAUGGGGGGUCUCCAGAGGAAUCGUAGCACAGGCAUGACCACUCCCUACUAUGCUACCUCCACUAAUGAGGUCAUCUAUCACGUAUCAACACGAAUGCCCCACGACCAGGACCACAACCUCACCAAGAAGCUUAGACACCUGGGCAAUGACGAGGUCCACAUCGUGUGGUCGGAACAUUCCAGAGACUACCGCCGAGGGAUCAUACCUACCGAGUUCGGAGACGUUCUCAUCGUCAUCUACCCCAUGAAGAACCACAUGUGCUCCAUCCAUAUACUGAAGAAACCCGAGGUGCCAUUCUUCGGCCCGUUGUUUGACGGCGCCAUCGUGGACGUGAAGAUUCUACCUACUAUGGUCCGAGCCACAGCAAUUAAUGCCAGUCGGGCCCUCAAGUCUCUCAUUCCUCUCUACCAAAACUUCUAUGAGGAGCGAGCCCGAUACCUUGAAACCAUUGUUCAGCACCACCAGGAGCCAACCACCUUCGAGGAUUACGCCGCGCGGGUCUACAGUCCCGCCCCCUGCAUACACGCCCCCUCUGACACAGGCUCCUGCCUAGAGAUUCUUCGGGGAGAAAGCCCAGCUCUGGGGGAGGCAGGGAGCGACUCAGCGUCGCCUAUGUCUCCUCGGACUAGCAAGAGCCGCAUGUCCAUGAAGCUACGACGCUCCUCCGGAUCAGCCAAUAAAACCUGAACUCCCUGGUUUCCAUCGACCAAUGAGAACUCACUUCCUGGUUAUAUUAGCCAAUGAGAGCUGCCCCUCUUGCUACAUUAGUCAUUCAGGACUAGCUUUCCUCUUCCACAAUCAUGUAAGACAUGACUCAACUGCUCGGACUGGCCAAGAACUUUUUUCUUUUGGUUCACAUUACCCAAUAAGACUUUCCUUGGGCACAUAUCAUAUGAAAAUGUAAUCAUGUGACCCUCUGUUGGUUGCGUUCAUAGUUGAGUUGGUAUUAAACAGAUGUUGGAGUACGCAGAAUACAUUACAGCGGUUGUCCUGUAUUGAGGGCCAUUACCUACAGACUGAUUAUGAAAUGGAUUUUUGUUUUAUCGCAUUUAACUUUGUUGUUGGUUCUAGCUCAGUAACUUAUCUGUUGAAAACUAAUUGUUCUGGCUGAGUCUCUUCAGUUAUUUAUUUAUGGUGAGAUGUUUUGUAUAUGUCAGUGGAAAACUGAAUGGGGAUUUUCUCAGGAACGAACGCAGCCAGCGGGGGUGCCAGUGAUCACUUCUUUUUCUUUUUCUUUUUUUUUUUAGCCUGUACGACUUCGUCACCCUCCACCUAGCCAAUGACAAUGGACUUCCUGCCCAGCUCAGCCAGUUAGGUUAGAUCACCCUCCUGCUCCUCCUGUCUCCAGCAUGCGGCCCUUUUAAUUGGUCACUUACCUUUUACCGCACAGGGCGCCGCUUUGAUGCAGACUUGAAUACACACAUUCAAACACAUAGAAAGGUCUAUUCUUUUUUUUAUUCUACUGUACUGUACAAUACUAUACUGUACAUCCGCUCAUAUUGACCCGGCAAGGUUACCGAGAGCUAUCGCUGCACAAUUUCAGCUCAGCACACCACCCUCGCUUUGGCCCAGUAUGGUUUUGCUGUAAAGUGGGGAACCAAUAUGAGAGUGGUUAAGACUGAUCGAAUACAGUUAUGUACAUUUUAAUCUAAACUUAUCAUCAUUUGCAUGACCCAGGUUACUACCAAGAAGCACAGAAACCGGUCGAGCUAUUUCUGUACGUGCAUCUCAGUGCCAUAUUAGACUGUCAAAGACAGCCGAUAAACCAGUAUAAUCGGUUUCAAAACAUGCCUCAGCAGAGAGCACGCUAACCAGUGUAAUGCCAUAAGGGAUUUGGCACGGAAACCAAUCCAGCCCGUUCUGCAAGACGCUGAACUGUGCCACGGUGUACCCUGUGGGCCGUGUGUGUGUUUGUGUUUUACUCGGCUAUGUCUUCAGAAGGCACAAAACGCCAAACAAGCGGCAGAUUUGGCACCGACCGGGAGUGGACAGCGGGCACUUCUUAGCUCUGUUGUGUUGGCUGUGAAAGUGGCUGUGAGGAACGUGUAUAUUUAUAUUUGUACUAUAGUUUGUCUGUACAGACAAAACCUCAGUUUUGAUAUUAAAAGUGACACAAACACUUUCAUAGAGUGUAACCGUUCCCCUAUAGUGUCAUGGAGAAAAAAAGGCUUGUUAAACCUCUAUUGUUAUUAUUAUUAUUAUUAUUGUGCACCAUUGUGUCCCUGGUAGUCUGAUGUGGCGUACUGAGCAAUGGCGUCGUUCCAUUUCUCGACAAACAAACAAACCUGAACAAAAAGGUGAGCACAUGUUGCAUAAAAAGUAAAGUAUUGCUACACUCCUUGGUUUUUCAAGUUGUAAAAUAUGGAAAGAGGUGUUUCUGAAUAUAAAGUUCAUUAU